UUUUUAGCUGAACAAGAAGAAGGGAAAGCAGCACAAGAAGCGGCAGAGUAGCGAAGCAGAGGAAGAUUGGGAGAAAACGAGAACGGAUCGUCCGGUUAAAGUGAACAUUUCAUUUUACCCGCCUGUCCAGCCAGUGGCAGCGAAUUUGUGCACGGAGACGAAAGGUUGCAGCAAAGCGUUUGGUGCCGCCCCGACGAAGUACACAACCGGAGCGCGUACGAUUAAUCGUACGAAUUAGAAAGAGGUUCGUUCCGAGCUGUGCGGAUACGGGAGGGUUUUUUCUUACUUGCUUGUGCUUGCCUGCUCGUUUGCCCGCGGUGGUGGUACGUGUUUGUUCUUGAGAGCAUCGUGAGAGGGUGAUCGGAAAGAGUGCUAAAAGAAAGUGAAAGUUGCAUCAAACAACGGCACAUGAUCAAGGUUUACAUCGGUUUUGUGGUUGACUAGCAACAGCUACCCGGAAUCGAAACCGUGAUUUGCUCGUGAGCAUCUUCGCGUCGCGAACUGCUUCAUGUAGGGAUUAAGCUAAUCACAGUCAGACACACUCGCACACACAUUCAUACAUACACUAACACGCCCGGUCGUCUAUAGUGGUGCAGUGUAUAUCCAGUGUAGGCUCGGGUGUGUGGUUCCUCGAAGUACGCAAUACCAAAUCAGCCGGCAAACGCGCGGUCGGAAGUUGUCCACCAACGCGGUCGCCCAGAAAAGUAGGAAUUAUUCAUAAAAAACAACGUUAGAGAGAGAGAGAGACAGAGAGAGUGUGGUACGGCAACGCAACUGGCGACCGUUGUGGUGUGUCCUGGGACUGUUUGUUAGAAAGCGCCCAAAGUCUCUCGCCCAAACGGCACUCUCAGCUCAGCCAGAAUUUCUGCCACCCAUCCACAAGCUAGGAGCGCGCCUACGGUCCCCGAAAAAAAAAAUCGCCAAAGUACGCGCGCUCGCUCGCCUGCUCCGCUGUGUUUGUGUGUAUGUGCGUGCAUGUGUGUGUUAGUGCGCAUUAGUGCGUGGAAGCAGAGCACCACCAAAGUGUGUAGGAUUGUUGCGUGCGUAGUGUGUUAGUGCUCCGACCGGGCUGUAUACUCACAUACACACAGCAUCACGAGCAUACAUUCAAACAAGACUGAAUUUCGGAGAAACAAACGGACGCUGCCCAGGGACAAACGAGUUUGCAGGACGAAAACACCUGCAGACUUUUAAGUUAGAGGAAAAAAAAUCAGUGAAUUGUACCGAAAAUCCUUUAAAAACAAAGAAAAGAAAAAUUACCAGUGUAAACGUGAACGUAUUUAAGUUCGGUAGGUUAAUUCUUCCUUCUCCCUUAAAGCAAUCGUAGUUGGCUGUGGUGCGUGUGUGUGCGUGCGUGUGUGGUUCGCUGUGGGCGCUUCCGUUGCAAGCAGCAGAGAGACGUCAUUUCAAAAAGGAACGAUAACAACAGAUAAAACAAAAAGACAGCAAAAUGACAGAAGAAUCCUACCCGAAGACCCUGUACGUGGGCAACCUCGACACGUCCGUGACGGAGGAGCUGCUCUGCACACUGUUCAGCCAGAUGGGGACGGUGAAGAGUUGCAAAAUCAUACGCGAAACCAGCAUCGACCCGUUCGCCUUCAUCGAGUACGCCAACCACCAGUCGGCCCAGACGGCGCUGGCCGCGAUGAACAAGCGGAUGUUCCUGAAGAAGGAGAUCCGGGUGAACUGGGCGACGAGCGCGGGCAACCAGCCGAAGACGGACACGAGCCAGCACCAUCACAUCUUCGUGGGCGAUCUGAGCCCGGAAAUUGACACGGAAACGCUGCGGGAAGCGUUCGCACCGUUCGGCGAGAUUUCCAACUGCCGGAUCGUGCGAGAUCCGCAGACGCUCAAGUCUAGGGGGUACGCGUUCGUGUCGUUCGUGAAGAAGGCCGAGGCGGAGAAUGCGAUCGCCAUGAUGAACGGCCAGUGGCUCGGUUCGCGCUCGAUCCGGACGAACUGGUCGACCCGCAAACCGCCGGCACCGCGGGAGAACUCCAAAGGAAUUAAGAGCGGCAAAACGCCCGGCUUCGAGGAGAUCUACAACAACACCAGCCCCACCAACACGACCGUGUACUGUGGCGGUUUCCCGCCGAACGCGAUCACGGACGAGCUGAUACAGAAGCACUUCGCCCAGUUCGGCCACAUCAACGAUACGCGAGUGUUCAAGGACAAGGGUUACGCGUUCAUCCGGUUCGCCAGCAAGGAGUCGGCGGCGCGGGCGAUCGAGGGCACCCACAACAGCGAGGUACAGGGCCACCCGGUCAAGUGCUACUGGGGCAAGGAGAACGGCGGUGAUGUGAACAGCAACGGCAUGAACACGUCGGCGAUCGCGGCCGCGGCAGCGUCCGGCAUGAUCGGCAUGAACAUGAACGGCAUGGUCAGCCCGCUGCAGCAGAUGCAGCCGAACGCGGCGGCAACGGCCGCCGCCGCCAUGGUCGCCCAGCAGCAGCACAGUGCCAAUCCGCAGCUUACUCAGGCGUCGGCGGCGGCGGCGGCUGCGGCCGGCGCCCAGUACCCGUACUCGGCGGCGGCGUACGGCCAGAUGGCGUACUGGAUUCCGAGUGGAUAUCCGCAGAUACAGACCCAGUACAUGCAGCAAGGGUACUACACCUACCCGACGGCGUACGCACCGUCAGCACCGCAGCAAACGGGUACGCCAGGAUAUCGCAUGAUGCAACCAAACAUGGCAGCAGGCUGGGGAAUGCCGACGGUGCCGACUGUUGCCACUAACGGUGCUGCUGCCGCGGCGGCUGCCGCUGCGGCCGCUGCCUCAUCGCAGCAGCCGGUGAUGUACGCGACGAUGCCCCAGUUCCAAACGCAAUGAGAACUAUUGAAAAAUUACUCUACCAGCAACAACAUCAUCAGCAACAGCACCAGCGUUAAGUCCAGCACCCAUAGCAACAUCAGCAACAACAGUACGAAGGUCCACGCUAGUACCAGUAUCACGAAACCUUACAACAGCAGCAGCAGCAACAACAACAACAUCAUCAACAGUAGCAGCAACAGCAGUCUCCUAAGCAUUGUUUCACCCUCCCCUGCCGCAAUCGCGGGCAACAGUAGCAAGAACAAUUUCUGCCUGAUGCCAAACCUGCCCCUUCCUUCCGCAUCGGGAGCACUACUAUCGUCGGGCACGUUCGACAACUUAUCCGCAAUGUCGUCCACAACUGCUGCUGCCUCGAACGGCGGAUCCAUACUGCUCGGCAGCGGUCACUCUAGCACCAGCAGCACCAACUCCACCGUUGCCGCCAUGGUAGCGGCAGCGGCCGCCGCUGCCGCCGCAACACUGAACAGCAAGCGGCAUCCCCCCUCCGCAACGGUCGUUUCCUCAUCUCAGCUUCUCGUUUCGAACGGUUUGGGGAGUGGUAGCAGCGGUAGCAGCAGUGGCAUUGGAAGCACACUGCUUUUCAGCGGCAGUCACCAUCGGCGUCUUCCACUCAAUCCAUCAACGUACCAGCCGCCGCAGCAGCAAUCGACAGCAUCGGCCGCUACAGCGCACCACAUGACGGCGGCAAACGCGAUAGCGGCGGCGGUCGCCGCAGCAGCAGCGACCGUUGCCCAGCAACAGCGCCAGUAUCGUCAGCAGCACCAGCACGGCUACUCGACGACGGCCACGCUAGCCGCAUUAUUCCCGCCAAUGAGCAGCAAGCUGCUGCUGCCGAGCAGAAAGCAACACACAUCCAUCACAGAGCGCAGCAGCAGCGCAGUUCCUCCAUCCGCAUCGAAGCAAUCAGCGCUGGCAGUGAGAAACAGCACGGCAACAACCAGUGCCGAAACCGUGUCGAUCUGUGGCGGCGGCAUCAGCAGCAGCAGCAGCAACAUUCCAUCCGUUACGGUUGUGCCCUCCUUGUGCGGCGGCGAGGUGAUGGGGGGUAGUGAAGCGACCGUGCGCACGCUAGUCGCAACCGUCGGGGCAACGAGCACGAUCGCCACGCUGGCCGCGCCGGUACCGUCGGCAAUGCUACUAUCGGCGUCUUCGUCCAGCAGCAGCAGCAAUAGUAAUAGUAGUUGUAGUAGCAGUAAUAGUAGUAAUAACCAUAACGAUACCAUCGGUACGACUAAUCAUUCCCAUCGGGCUGCCGCCGAUGGUCUGUCUCCGUCCGCAUCAUCGUCGAGGGUCGAUGGUGGUGAGUUUAGCUCGUCAGUGUCGUCAACCGUGUUGAUGCCGUUGAUAACGAAACCGCAAAGCAAUGAACCCUACAUCAGCAAUAGUGGUGGAACCGGUGGCGACGAUCUUUCACACGCAAGCGUACCUACUGCCGUUGAAGGCGAGACUGAUCCAGCAACAGAAUCGUGUACGGAAACGGCAGUAGCAGCAACCACAUCGGCAGCAGCAGCAGCACCGCUCGCCGAGGACGGCACUGUUACGGUUGUCAAUGGUGCGGACGGGAUCGCACAACAUUUUACCAGUCGGGACGAGGAGUGCUCCAACUUCACCAUCACCGCCACCAGCAACAGCAGCCGCAAUGCUCUGAAGCACAAGCUAACUUUUGAUGACGAGGACGACGAGCGCGAACCGGCCGUACCGGCAAAAGUUCGAAUAUCGGAACAGGAGGAUGAUGAUGACGGUUGUGCAUGGGCGGCGACAAAAACCAUCCAAACGGACGUGGCUGGUGAUGGUGUUAUCAGCGAAAAGCUACAUCACGAGACAACUAAGAACUGUGGUGGUAGUGGGAUGCAUAAUACCAUCGGCGCGUGUACUACAAACGGUGCGAUCGAGGGACAAAGUCCACAAACCGAUGGUGGUUCACCCACGGAACGGUGCAACAAUAUUCCUUUAUAGAUGGGACGGAUCCCUGGAUCGUAAUUUAAUUUGUCUGAUAAGUUCCCUUCCCCCCCUUCCCAUUGCUGUUGCUGCUGCACACGCACACAUUCGAUUGUCCUCAUCACCACACAACCAGCCACCAUUCGCGUGCAGCGAAGCGAAAGGAACAAGAUUUAUUUUGCUAAACAAACGACUUUUUUUGUUCAGAUAGGGAAAGAGAAAGCUCAUACACCCACCACCACUACCCCUCACUUUAAACACAACCUUCCAAUUAGGUUCAAGCUGUAACGGUGGAUUAAUCUAGACCACCACACCCAAUACUUGUCUGCAAGCCACAACGCAUCCUGCUGCUGUGUCCCCGGACCCCAUGUGCCCCAUAGUGUAAGCGGAAUGAGUUGUAAAAUAGGGCAGGAAGUGGCUUUAUGUACAGAGUGCUUAUAUCUAUGCGUAUAGCUUUUUGUUCAUUAUUGCGUCAAGGUUGUGUUUUUUUUUUUAGCAUCUGUGUGUACCACAGGAUCCAAGGCGCAGUAACGCUUUCCUCGCGACGCUUCUGCGUUUUCUGAUCAACAGUUUGAAUCCGGUGUGCACACAGCAGCAGCAGCAGCAGCAGCAGCAUCGUGAUUUUAAAUUGCGGGCUGAUCGUCCGCCAAAGACUGACACACACACACACUGUUGUCCCUAUUGAAAAGUUCAAAAUGAUGCAAAACACGUUCCUCUCUCUCUCGCGAUUUUACACAGCGUUCAGUCCGGGUAGCAGUGCGGCAACGGAAACCAGUUUUUGACCAGUCUGUCUGCAGUCAAAAAAGAAAAAGGACACAGACAGAGAGAAAAAGCUAGAGCACGAAUAGGAUUACAGCAGUGGAUGCGCUGCUGCACACAAGGUUCGGAAAAUUUGACACUGUCCUUUUGUGUUGCAAAGUGCGAGAAGAGGCAGGGGAAAGAGGGCACCCUCCGAAAAUGGUUGGUUGUGUGUGUGUGAGUGUUUAUUUUUUUGAUAAAUGUAAAGAAGUAAAUAGAUAUGCAAGAAAGGGGAUUUUUUUAACAACAACCACACACGUACGAACGCACAGUGUACCACCGUGGAAAGGAAAGUGGGAGAGCGCAACCCUUUUUAUAAAUUCACAAAAAGAUCACUCCCGGACAUAACCCAAAAAAAUAGGGAGAACGCUUUAAUGUGCUGCUGAGGACGUUAUUAACAAGGGGACUGGAGAUAAUUCCAUCUUCAUUCCUCCUCAAUUGCUCUUCCCGGUUUGUUCGUUCAGUUUGGUGUGCCCGGUAAACAACGAUGACGAGCUGCUGGUGGUGGUGCAUGUUGGAUGGUGUGUGUGUAGUAUUUGGUAAAGAAAUUCUAAGAGGUCGUCGUAACUAAGGGAAGUAGAAGAGCUAGCGUGAAGGAGAGUGAAACAAUAGCGUGAAAACCCGUGAAACAGCGAUGCAGUGAAAUUAAAACAUCCCCCUUCUUAAGAUGCUGCAAAAAAGAGUGCAAAAUGGAAAACACAGCUCUAGCAAAGAUAGGCACAGGUGGGUGGGUGUGUGUGUGCGAAUGUUGUGCAUGUUGCGUUUGAGUUAGUUCGUUGAUGAUAAGAUGCGCUAUGCGCUAUCACAUAAAACAAAAUCAACCUCGGACGGAUAUGCGUCGUGCGGUUAGGCGUGUGUGUGUGUAACAAUGAGAUGAGGAAAGGUUUAAUGGGUUAGUUUUCUACUCGUACGGUAAGCAACAACAAAAAAAAAAAUAGGAGAAGGAUAGGCGAAACGAAGGAAAGCGAGAAAGAGGAACAGAUAUAUUUAUUAUACUAACUAACGCACAAACCUGGCUGGAAAAACAAGACACACACACACACAGACACUGACAGAGAGAGAGGUUUUCCAGAGGUUAGGGGACAAAGCAGGGAAGGGGGAACACUCAAUAAGAGAGAGAGAUUCCUGGCUAGACAAUUUUCGAGAAUUGCGAAUAGAAUAAAAGAACGACGGAAACCAUCGUCAGGUGCAGACGUGAAUUAAGCUAUGAACCUUUACUCUUGUGUGGAUGUGUAUGUAAGUGUAUGGAUGAUGAUGAGUGGUGUUGUCGUAUGUAAGUUAUUAGAACAUGCUAGAACCACUCUGUAGCUCACGGGAAGACGUUGGGAAAAGAACCGAUUGGAUAUAACUGUAACUGGGGGAAAAAAACAGCGAGAAAAGGGAGAAGGAAGGUUAGCGAAAUGUAGUUUUGAUUGAAAACGAAAAUUAGUAUUGGAAUUGUAUGUGUGUGUGUGCGAAUGUAUGUAUGUGUGUGUGAGAGAGAAAGAGAUAGAAUGAGCGAGGGAAUUAGAGGAAACAUGGAUCACUAGAUCCGUGAUUGAUACAUUAAUUGGCGAAUGCGCAAAAAGAGAGUACGCAAGUGUACUGCGCAAAGACGCGCCAAAAGUGUGAGUGUGCGGUAUGUGUGUGGUUAAGGAAACUUUUCGCGGGUGCCGGGGGAGGGGUGUGGCAAAGACUGCACACAGAAGGCACCCUGGGAUGGAUGGGGUGGUACAACCAGCCAACGCAUAACACCACCCAUGACCCCAUCCUGUGGCAAAAACAGAAGCAACUCAGGGACACAGGAACACAGGUGUCGCACGUGUCAACUACUACUGUACCCCGCGUUGUCUGCUUUACCGGACGAUUUAAUGAUGAAGGUAAAGAGUGAAAAAUGAGAUUGGAUAAAACAAAGGGUGGUUAAAAGGCGAAUGGGAUGGGGGCGAGAAGGGGGGGGGGGUAUAAAUUGGGAUCUGUAUAAAUUGAAAAGGGCAAAGGGGCGUGUGUGGAGUAGCAACUCAGAGCAAACUCAGUGAAGCAAAAAGGUCUCUGCAAUCUUCCAUUAAUGUGGAAACACACAGACACACACACGCUUGCAGGACAGGAAACGGAAUUUGUGCAGGAAGGAUUCAGUUCCCAGGAGUGUUUGUAAACUGAAUGAUAAUAAGGAAGCCAGAAAACGCAAAGAAAUAAAGCGGAAAUCAUGGAUAAAACAAAUACAAGUCGUGACAAGCCGUAUCAAAGCUGAAGAGGCGUCGAGCAUUGGGCAAAUGCUCCAUGGUAAAAUUUGUUUUUUGUUUUUGUUUAUGAUAGUUACACAACAUCAGGCUUUUUUUAAUUUACCUUUUUUCCCCCUAUAGUACUUUCCAUAGACAGUUCAGGUGUGUCCGUCUGUGUGUGUGUGUUUGUGUGUUUCCAUAAGGCAAAGUGAAGUGGAUGGAAGGGUUUAAAUUAUAUACGUAAGGAUGUGUUUGUGUGUGUCUGAUAGUGUAAAGGAAGAAAUGAGAAAUUAAGGGGGGUGCGGGGAGUAAAAAAAAACUAGCCGUUAAGUUAAAGCUACUGUGUCCUAGUGAGUAAGUAAGAUACUGUCACACAGCAAGAAGAGGAAGGUAAAACAUAGAACUAACUAUUUAAGAUAGAGGAGACAAGGCAAUGAACGAGAUUGGCCGUGGGAGGAAGAGAAAAGUAGGGUGCAGGGAAAGGUUGUGUGGACACCGUUCUUCUUCUAUAUGGCUAAUAUGACCUACGACGUGCAGCUUAUGCACAACAGGCUUAUGAGACCUUCUUGAGAGUCCUUCUACCUACACGCAGCCGAAUAAAUAAGUCAAUCCCCUAUAAAGCGCUAUUGGGAAUGGACGCGGUGUCCCACAUGAGAUUUGAACCCACGAACGGGAGGGUAACAUGUUGUUAAGUUGUGCGAGCUGACGACGGUACCACGGGGUCGCGCUGUGGACGCGAUGUGAGCCAAUUAUUUAAACUAAGUGAGUGAGUGAGUGAAACACGCAAAAUACUAAAAAACCGCUGAAACGGCGUACAAAACUCUCAAAUUGGACUGUGCGCGCAAAAAAAAAAGAGAGGACAAUUACAACGAGAGAGAGAGAGAUAUGUGUGUGUGGAAAAAGUGAUGCCGAGUUGUGUUGUGUGUGCAUGAAUUUAACUAUAAAAGCCUCUCCCCCGUAGGUAGUGCUGGUAAGGUUAGGUAAGGGGAAAGUGGGAAGGGUGGGAAAAUGGAGGAAAGUGCAAAGAAUAGGAUCCCUCGGAAUCGACGACAAAAAAGACAACACUUUAAUGCACCCACACACACACGUGGGUGAGUUCACUGAAGAAAGGAAGGUGCACAACUCCACAACACCCCCAUGCUUGAUGGCGCGGGUUGGCGGAUACAGAAGAGUCCGAGGGUGUCGAAUACUACAUGAAGGUGCAGAAGAAGAAGAAGAAGAAGAAGAAGCCAAAUGUUUUCCUAAGGUAGUACACGAGGGGGGGGGGGGGAAGUGGGCUAAUAAGACGAGUGGGAGAUGGGGAAAUGGUUGAUGGAAACCCCCGCGAGGUACAACGAAAAAGACAAACCACACGCACUAAAUCCGUUUCCGGAUCCAGCAUUAGGGACGGAUUCUGUCACCCAAAAAACUGCAUAAUUGUGGCAGAAGAGAGAGAGAGAGUGUGUGUGUGAGAGUGUGCUCUAAUGGAGGUGAGAGGAGAAGCAGGAGGUGCAGUUGGAGUAGUACAUAAGACGACGCCCCCAUAGUUUGUAAGCUACAUUAGGAUGUUAAGGACUAUUGGAUUAUGCUGAAUAAUAAUAAUAAUAAUAAUAAUAAUAAUGGUUUGCGCAAAUCCGGGGGUGUGUGGGAGAGACGACGACAUGUGUGAUAUAAUUACAAGAAAAGCAAAACAGAUAAAGAAAAUGGGAAAACUUAAACAAAAAAAAGAAAGAGAGAAAGAGAGAGAAAUGAUGAUUGACGGAGACAAAAAAAACAACUAUUAGAAAGAAAGAAGAAGGCAAACAAAAAAGGACCGGGGUGGGUAAGACGAAUCAAUUAUAUUAGUUAUUUUAAGAGAACAAAACCAGGAAACAGGAAAAGCGCAAAACAACAAGUUAGUAGGGAAAGAAAGAGAGAGAGAGAGGGAGACGUGCUAUGAAAGAUAUGGGGAGGGCGCGCCGGGUGUGAGUAAUAAAUGGCGAGAAGAAACAAACAAACAAACAAAAAAACGGGCGCACAGUACGUGUGUGUUGUUUGUGUGUGUGUGCGCGCGCGCGUGUGUGGAAAAGAGUAAAGUGGAUUGACAACAAAAAAAUAAUAAUUAAGAAUGUGA